GUCAUUGAUCUUCUUGGCGCGCCACACUGGCACCGCGGCCAAGCCCCUUCAUUCGCGCGACCUACCAUUGCCCAUUGGUGGAGAAGUCAGCAGGGCUGGGCUUUCAAAGAUUUGAGCACUUGACAUUGUUGUGUGCACUCACAGACCAGCAUUGCCAUGGCGUGUGGCUGUACUUGUGUCGGCUCAGCAGAAGAUGCGCCCGACUCUGGGAAGUUGACGCCCAUUGAGAAGCGAGGAUGCACCGACUGCUUGUGUUGCAUCAUCUUCUUCCUUUUCUGGAUUGGCAUGUUCUUCAUUGCGGGUUACUCUAUCGCCACGGGCAACGUCCUCCGCCUCAUCUAUGGCUACGACAGCUAUGGCAACAUCUGCGGGAUGAAGAACUCCAAGAUUGAGAACGUGACCCAAUCGGGCAUGGACAUGACCGACAGAACACACGUCUUUUUCAUGGAUGUCCGUAACCCGGCCGCUUCGUUGGAGAUUUGCGUUUCCGAGUGCCCCGAGGUGAUGCUGAAUAACACACAGGACAUCAAGGCAUUUGCCGAGGAGACGGGAUCCAAGCUCUGCGACUACGAUGUCAAGGUUGCCGACUAUGGGAGUACUGCACAGGGUGUGAAUGGGCCUUGUCCAGCGAUUGUUUAUGGAAGUGACGAGUUGCUGAACCGCUGCGUGCCCAAGGACAUCGGGAAGCUGAGCAAGGACGCUAUUGAGGCUCUCAUCAACUUCCUGAAUUCCUCUCGGCUCAUCUCCAAGAUCAUGGCGGACCUGUACAUGGCACGCUGGGCCAUCCUGGGCAUGUGCGGCAUUGCAGUGGUGUUGGCGUUCAUCAUGGUAUUCCUGAUUCGCUUCCUUGCUUCGGUCAUUGUGUGGAUCAUCUACAUAGUCUCCAUUGUAGGAGCAAUUGCUGGCACAGUGGCACUGUGGGUGACCUACGCCCUGAGGAAGAAGGAACUGGACGCCAUGGACCCAGAGCUUGAUGCCGCUGACCGCAAUGUCACCACCUUUCUCGUCUUUGCAAUCCUGGCCACCAUCUUCACGGUUGUUCUGCUCUUGGUCAUCCUGGUGAUGCGUAAGCGCGUCGCCUUCACCGUGGAGCUCCUUGAUGAGGCAGGCAAGGCCAUGGGCGCUAUGCCGUUCCUGCUCAUCCAGCCUGUCUGGACGUUCCUCAUCUUGAUUGUAUUCUUUGUCUACAUCGCCGUGGUGUUUAUCGCCCUCUCUGCCACAGGCACACCCAAGCUGGACCCCGAGACCGGUCAUGUGAUCUAUGACCCACCGGAGCCCGUCAGCUACAUGUGGUGGUAUCACGCCGUGGGGUUCAUCUGGACCGCUGAGUUCAUCCUGGCCUGCCACCAGUUCGUCAUCGCUGGCAGUGUGGUGGAGUGGUACUUCACCAGGGACAAGAAGAGCCUAAGCUCUCCGAUCCUGAACUCCAUCGGUGUCCUGAUCUGUAACCAUCUGGGCUCCAUGGUGUUUGGUGCGUUCAUCAUCCUGCUGGUGAAGAUCCCCCGAGCCAUACUGCUGUGGAUUCAGAUCAAGUUGAAGGGUUCAGAGGGCUCUAUCGGCAAGUUUGUCCUGCGCUGCCUGUCCUGCUGCCUCUGGUGUCUGGAGAAAUUCCUCAAGUUCCUCAACGAGAAUGCCUACAUUGUGAUUGCUAUUGAGGGUGGUGGAUUCUGCAGUUCGGCAAGAAAGGCCUUCAUCAUUCUGUUGUCCAACGUUCUGCGUGUUGCCGCCAUCAACUGCGUGGGUGAUUUCGUGCUGUUCCUGGGCAAGCUGGCUGUUGUUGCUGUCACGGCCGUGUGCGGGCUGGCCAUCAUGGGGACCAAUGAGACUCUGAUCUUCUAUGCAGUGUCUCUGUUUAUUGGGAGUGUUUUUGCGUACUUUACCGCCGACUGUUUCCUGAGUGUGUACGAGAUGGCAGUAGAUACCCUGCUGUUGUGCUUCUGUGAGGAUGUACGCAUCAACGACGGCUCCCCUGAGAAGCCGUACUUCAUGGAUCCUGAUCUCAUGGCUUUUGUGAGCAACAGCAGCGAAGCCAUCGCCAACCUGAAGAAGAAGAAGAAGGGCAAGCUGCCCAUCCCCGGGGACGAUGCCCCGGAUGCGGCCACGCCCGCCCACAUGGUCCUGAAGGAGGACGAGGACGAGGAGAAAUCUUCCCCUCCGGGGUCCGGGGAGACCAAGGAAGCCGAAGACGAGACGGCCCCACUGAAGACCGGGGAGGACGGGGGAGGGGAAGAGCUAAAGAAAUCCCCAGAAGAUCAGCAGUAGAUGUAAGAAAUUCAAACAGUGAGAUAACACGACAAGAGUUUAACAUCGAAAUGUAUUACAUUUUCAGGGAUUUGGAGUUUUCAGAUGGGAGGGUUUGACGUUAAUGUACAGAGGGGUUCAAGUAUAGGUACCUGAAAAGAUCACAGUCAUAAGUCUCAAGGAAGAAUCUGGAGGCCUCAGACAGGGGAGUAGGAGCAAAAAAUCACUCGAAUGGAUUCAAAAAAAGUUCUGUGUUGUGGAAAAUUUGGCUCUUCAUUUCAGGGGUGGCGAGAUCUUUCCGUGAUAUUUCAAGAAAUUGGGAAUGUGUCUUUGAUGGUGGGUACGUACAUGUACACGCGUGUGGGGAAAAGUACGGAGUCAUUGUGCACGAUGGAAUUGGGAAUUUCCGAAGGGCAGUAUGUGCAUUUAUAAGGGAUUAACGGAGAACAAGGGAAAAGGAGUCCAAGGAUUAAGGCCUUUUUAUAAUUAUAUUGGAUUACCGUACGCAAAUGGUUGGUUACUUAGAUUGAUUUGGUUUGGUUUUUAUGUUUUUUAAAAAUAUUUUGAACGGUUGUGUUUUUCAGAGGUGUUGAAAUGCCUGUAGUUUUGAGUUUGGUAGUUGGACAUGAAAGAGCUGAAGGUCAUUUUGAACCAGUGUGUACCGUCGACGAAAGGUUGGGGUAGAUUUUGUUAGUCGCGAAGCCAUCAAAUGGUCUCGCUGAUCAGGUUGAGGGGAAAGUUUGGGAUGAAUAGUAUAAAUUGUAUUACUUAAAUUGUUACACGGUUUGCAUGUCGGUGUGCAUAUUAUCUUAAGGUAUUUUAACUGAGUAUUUUUCUGUAUAUGGGAGGGGUGUCUCACUUUGAAAAUGGCGAACAUCAGUUAUGGCAAAAGGCAAGAAAUAUGUACAUUAUUUCGAACACAGCCUCAAUCUUUCACCAUGGUGUGGAGCCUGAGAAGGGCUUGGGUACCGACCAGCAUGUAUUGCAUUUUGUGGGCUAUGAACUUAAAAGGUUUGUAAAAAAAAUAUUGGUGGAAGCUGUGCACAGGACUGCAAGCUCGUAUUUCUGUGAAAUUCGGAUGAAAUUGGGCCCAAAAAUUGCUUUUUUUUUGCAGUGGGAGGGCAGGUAUCAUUUUUCAAAAUGGCGAUGGGCCACAUAACUCCUUUUAGGGGUGAUCAUCUUUGGAUGGAAUUUUCUCCCAAAAGCCAUCAAAUUACCCCAAAAACAUUGAACGGAUAAUGAAAGUUGAUGAAAUAAGCUUUUAUGGGUGUCUCAAAACACGAGUAUGCAUACUCGAGAACUAGACAAAACAGAUUCUGUCCUCGUACACGUGUAAACAUUUUUGAUGAGGACAGAUAUCCAGUCCAGGAGUUAGCUUCAAUAAGAGCCCCCCCCCC